CAGGCAGGCAGGAAGCGGCGGUCUUGGAAGGGAGGGGCAGCACCAUGCAACAGAGCCCGGGGCCUGCUGUGUUGGUCACCACUAGACCUCUUCAAAAUGGCCACACAGGGAUAGACCUGUCAGUCCCAGAGUACCAGGAAAUCCGGGGAAAGAUGAUGUCUGGUCAUGUGGAAUAUAAUAUUGUAGUAGUUACCCAGCUGGCUGCAUUUAAAUCAGCAAAGCACAAACCAGAAGACAUCAUUCAGUUUAUGGUUUCUAAGAAGUACAGUGAGAUUGAGGAAUUUUAUCAAAGACUGGCCACACGGCAUCCACAAACCUCUCUGCCACCGCUGCCCAGGAAAGUGCUCUUCGUUGGAGAAUCUGAUAUUCGGGAACGAAGAACUGCGUUCAAUGAGAUCAUGAGAUCUAUCUCCAAGGAUGCAGAUCUAGCAACAAGCCCUGAAUUGCUGGAAUUCCUAGGAACCAGAUCCAUGAGCGUUGUUGACGUCAAAGGGAAAAACCUUCCUGAUAAAGAAGAGGAGGAAGAAGAAAACGAAGCCUUGGAUUUCUUCAGGGAGGAAAAGGUGCUCGAUGUGAUCCCCGAAUUCAAAACAUUGAAAGUGCAAGAUGUUAAAGUGGGGAAAGAAGUGGAGGAGGAGGAAGAGGAGGAAGAUGAUGUCGACCCACUUGGUGUUCUCAAAUCUAAAAAGACCAAGAAGCCCACACCCUCGCCUGUCAAAGAAGACAAACCCAAGCCAAGCCUUUUUGAUGAAGACGCGGAUUCAGAUGAAGGCCUGCAUGGUUCGGCUAAAGGUUCUUCAUUCAGUGGUGAUCUGAAAUUAUUUGAAGAUCCAGACCUUGGUGGAAUGGUGGCUCUAGGUGACUCACUGCUGUUGCCAACCGCCUGUGCCAGCAGAGAACAUGCAUUAAACGCUAGCCUUGAAGAGGACACUGAGGAACUAUUAAGAGUGGACGAGGAUUUUGAAGAAGUGUUGAAACUGAGCUCUAAACCCAAACCCAAACCCAGGACCAAGCCUGCAGUGCCACCUAAGCCAAAAGUACCAAAGAAGCCAGUAGUAAGUGAUACAAAGCUCUCAUUAUCACCAUCCCAAAGAGCAACACCAAUGAAAGAGAAGAUUCAAACCAUGGCUGAGGUAGACAUUCUCAAGUAUAUUCAGGAAAAUGAAUCCAUCAGCAGUGAAGAACCGAGUCUGUUCUGAAGUGUAGGUGGCCCAGGACCUGCCUCGGGAAGAACUCCCAUCAGCCUUCUGAGUGGCCAGCGUACCAUAGCACACCCAGGUGUCCUUGGUUGCCACUUUGCCUACUAGUUCAUUAAGAAAAAGAGAGCAGACACUUGACUCAGAUUUCUGGAAGCAGCAAUGAAUGGUGUGAUUUUACUACAGAACAAUUAUGAUCUAAUCAAUGAUGCCUUAUUUUUAAGAGAGUUUAAAGAGUGAGGCCAGGAUUGAAUUGAAAAUCUAGUUCACCGAACUAUAGUUGAGAUCAUGCUAUAGUAAUGUAUCUAUAUAACGUAGCUUUGGGGAAACUGUUUGACUGGAAGGUCCCAGAGUUAAGCAAGAAUAAAAGGAGGAGACUAAAAGAGCAAUCCUAUUGUCCCUGGGCAAGCAUCCCAGGGAUGAUAGGAUGGCUCAGAAAACCCCUUCUGAAGUCUGAGACAGCACUCUGACCUCAGAAGGGGGAGUCAGAGAUCCAACCCUUGACCCUGCCUCCUCGCAGCUAGAAGAUUGACCUUGCAGAGGGGGAAAGGAGGCAUUCUGGUGGGAACGGAGGGGGACAAGACUGGAGGGGCCAGGAUAUGACUUCUCCUGACUGUCCUCUAGCUUCCUUCCCUCCUACUCGAAAAAUAAAAGAGAUCAGAGGGACAGGAGGGCGUAGGAAUCUCAGAAGCCACUGCGUUCGGGGCCUUCCAAGCAGUGAAGUGGCAUGAGUUGGUUCGUAACAUUAAAAAAAAAAUACAAUUCUGUGCUUUUUAAAAGAAAACUGGAAAUAGUUGGAUUUCCUCCAGCUGUCACCCCUUGAAAGAAUUUGUAGAAAAACAUGGCGAUAGCUGUGGUGCAGCCUGCAGAGAAUAUUCAUGUAGAGUUGAAAUCCAUCGUUUAUUCAACCCAUGGGUGGUGGUGGUUGAAUUCGCUGCUGCCAUGAUGUGCAAACCCUGCCAUGCUAACAAACCAUGGUUUUCUAAUCACAAACAACCCAGAAAGAGAACCCAUGGUUUGUUGUUGGAUUGUGAACUCUGAGUUGUUUAAACCAUGGCUUGUUGUUACAAGUGAAUGCAGAGCUGUGGGUUGUUCAUGGGUCGUUUCACCAAGCUACAGAGAUGGUAGACAAGAGCAUAAAAGAAAAUCCUUCCACUUUGCAUGCCCAUAUUACAGCACUGCAAAGACAUUUGGGAUUGAGGGAGGGAGUGGGUGGAAGAAGAGGGAAACAAACAGACCAACAACUGAGGGGGAAAACCAUGGUUCAGUCAUCUGCCAGACAAAACCUGGAUAGGGCAACAAGCAAUGUGUUAAAUAAACUAUGGAUUAGCAUGGAUUGUCAUUAUUUCUGAACCAGGCCUAUGUGUAAACUAGGGCUGUGCAAGGUUUGAACCUUGGAUAUUCAAAUCCAAGGCUUAGAGGCCAUUUUGUGGCAGGUCUACCAUUUUAGGACAGGAUCCUCCAUUUUCCUGCACAGCCCUGAGCCACGGUACAGCCUACAUCCCCCAGCAUGCAGUGCCUGGGAGGGCUGGACUUACCAGCGAUCUCGCUAGAGGACGCCAGCAUGGCAGUGGGGAAGCCAGUGAUCGUGCGCAGCGAGGACACAUCUGCCUUCUGCUCCUGGCGGAUCCCAUCCAAAAAUGGCGGAUCUGUCACAAAAUGGCCUCUGAGCCUUGUAUUGGAAUAUCUGAGUUUCCAACAUUGCACAACCCUAGUGUAAACCUGUUCAGUGUGUCCAAGGGGUUCUACUUGAGCAACACGAUUGGUUUUCCAAUUUUCCUUUCCGACCACAGACAGACUUUUGUGGUGCGUUAGAAGCCAUUUCCAAAGGUCUCUAGAAGUUUGGGAGCAGCUUAUCAUGUGGCAGAGAGGAAGGAGGCUGCAGGAGUUCCCAGUAUAGCAUUUUGAUCCUGGUUUACACGUGCACCUGGUUUUAGUCUCUUCUUAACUUGGCAAUGUCCCCAUCCUUGGUGUUAAAAUGUGUGUCCUCACUGUUAAGAUUAAGCUGUUCAUUGGGCAGUGUUAGGUGAAAGCCAUCUAUAUUCGUCUUAGCCCAUGUUCAUGAAAAUGUUUGAGAUUGUUUGAAAGUUGCAGUUUUAUAGAUGCUCAUUCCUUGAUAAAGAUGCUUAUGUCAUUUCUGAUAAGGUUUGUAAGACGAACAGAAAUACCACAUUUUGAUAGUUGAAUUAAGACACAUUGGUUACUUGGCAGUGUAUAAGUAUUUGAAAAACUUGGGUUUUUUUGUUUUUAUGCAAAAUUAUCCCAGGUCUUUCCCAUCCCUUCCCAAGCAGGUGAUUGAGGCCCAUGAAAUAAUCUCUCUUGGGGAAAACUAAGCCAUAUCAAAUAUUUACUAAGCCAGUAAACCUGUCUUGAUUGCCUUUUGAAUACAGACCUGAGUGAAUGAGGCGGUGCGAGGGAAAGAGGAAGCAUUUAAAGCACUUUAUAGUAAUUGUGUUCAUGCUGUAUGAUGUUCAUAAUUCUAUUUUGGGUGAUAUUUAUUCCCUCUGGGGAAUGAGUAACAAAUAUUUCUGUGGCUCAAAUUAUAUACCACUAUAUGAGAAGUGCACAUUAGCAGUGUAAGUUGUAUUUGGUUUACCUAAACUAUUUGGGCCCCACUUCUACGCAUAUUUAGACAGAAAAAUAUCCUACAACUACCAGCAUGCCUCAGCUAGCAUGGCAGGUUUGGGGCAUGCUGAGAGUUAUAGGUCAUUUUUUCUGCCUAAACAAGCACAGGAUUGCGCCCUUAGUGUCAUUUUUCCUCUAUCCAGAAUAAUGUAAAUAUUUUUUAAAAAAACAUAUGGUAUAUUCCAUGCAAUACAGUACAUAACAUACAGUCUAAAUAAAUAUAUUGGUAUAUUAAUAUAACAUAUAGUCUGGUAAUACAAAAAGUUAAAAUAAUGCUGAGAAACAUCUAGGUUACAUUGAACAACGUCUGCUACUCAUUCGUAUAACCUAGGGCUGUUGAACCUGUUUCAGCCAGAAGGUCGAAUUUAAUUUCAGAGGAUCUUUGGGGCCCACAUUCCAGUGGUGGGUGAGGCCAAAUGCAAAGUGGGAUAGGAUGAAAGUCCAAAGGGGUGGUGACAAAAAUUCAAUAAACACCAGCAUGUGUUAGCUGAAGGCUCUUACUGCAAGUAUAUAAAAAAGCCUUAGCAGAUGCAUUUCAUCCUUUUAGAAUGGGGGGACGGGGACACAGUGCAAAUCCAGGAAAUCACCAAAUGAUUGGCAGUCGAGGGGAAAGGGGCGGGGCGGGGCUAAGGGAAGGGAGCAUGGCCAUCUGGGGAACUACAAAUUGGCACCUCAGGUGCACUGGAUUUGGCCGAAAGGCCUGAGGUGUAACACCCCUGAGAAAGCCGGUAGGCAUCCAAUUGGCAGCAUGGGUGGCACAGCCAGCUGGGGCUUGUGGCCUACGUAGACGGGAGCAGGAAGUCCUGUGAGCCUAGUUAUGACAUAGUCAAGCCCCCAUCUUCUGCCUGCUUCUCCUGCCUUGCCCUACUGCUGACUGCUCCUCAGCUCAGUUGACACGAAACCACACGAAGACCCAGGGAAGUUGCGCAUCUAGACGCUAGGAAGAUUGCAAAGCAGUUUACCACUGAGAAUCGGCAGUAUCGCAAGUCGUAGUGAGUAGCAUUUUGACUGUACGUUAUCUUCGAGCCUAAAGCUUUCUGACUAUCAAGCAGCUUUACGUAUUUUUGAAGUGGGUAACCAUUGAGCUUUUCACCGUGAGAUUUCCUUGACUAAAAGAGGUCUCACUGAUUGGGUGCCCCGUGUCAGUUUGCCAGCACAUGGGAAUGCCGGAGGGAAAGGGGACACGUGACACAAGUAUGCCAGAAGAGGUAAAGUCUAAAUUAUGUGUGCAUUAGAGUGGCAUCAUCUCAUAUUUGGGAUUUGUAACACAUUUCCAAAACAUAUUCUUGAGUUUUGUAAAAAUAAAUAAAAAUAAAUGCUUUAUUCUUUUUAUUAUUUAAAUACAUAGUAAUUUAAUAUCUUUUAUUCCAAAAUGCAAAGUAUAAUUCAGUCGUCUUUAUCGUUUAUUUCAUUGCCAUUGACAGUAACCAUGCAAGUGAUAUUCUUGAGCUUUGUUGUCAUGUUUCCUUAUUGUAAUUUCUACCAAUUUCUUGUAAUACAGUCUUUUGAUUUGUUAAUAUUAUAUAGUGCCCCUGAAGAUGAUCUUAAUUCAAAACAUAUUGGGCCUAAUACAGUAUACUUCUGUGUGCCUUCUUCCUUUCCUUUCCCUAUGUUUAUAAAUCUGAUUGGUUCACAAACACCUUAUUCACUGAUCAAGACACUGAUUAUCAUUCAAGGUGGAUGGGAAUUUGGAUCUGCAUAGUGCCUGUAUGCAAUGAAACAAAAUAGACUAGGUAGCUUAUUGUCCAGCGUUCUCCAAGCUGGUGCCCUCCAGAGGUUUUGGACUAUAGCUCCCAGCAUUCCUGGCUAUUGGCCAGGCUGACGGGCUGAUGGGAGUUGAAGUCCAAAACAUCUGUAGAGCAUCAGUUUGGAGAAGCCUGGUUUAGUCUGUUAGGGAUCCACCCUUAAAGGCAGCUUAAAAAUAUUUUUUAAAAAAACAAAAUAAAACUGUUGUAAUAGCA